AUGGCCACUAAGUCCGAGAACACCCCCAUAUAUACACAAGCGUCCCCCGUGGUGCCACUGCCCACAGACACCGGGGCGCUCGCCAACCGCAUUAAUUUUCACACUCGUGAGUUGCAUAGCAAGGCAGACGCCUUCGUCAGCGCCAAGUUCGCAGUUGCCCUGCGGCACCCCUCGAUUUACCGCCAGGGGCUCCUCGCCAUGUACUACAUUUUCCGCUCAGUCGAGCAGCACAUUGACCGCCUACUGCGCGCACCGGCGACUGCCGACGAGGCCCGCAUCGGCGAAAUCCUGCGCGCCUUCUGGCGGCCCGAAUUUGCGCGCGCGCCAGCGCUCGUGCAGGACUUCGAGGUCUACUACGCAGCAGAGUACAGCACAUCGGCGCAGCUGCAUCAAUUCCUCGACAGCUACGAGCUACCCCCCCGGCUGGCGGCCGCCGUCGCCGAUAUCGAGGCCGCGGCGCUCCGCCAGCCGUGGACCAUACUGGCACACUGCCACGUGCUCUACCUGGCGCUUUUCGCAGGCGGCCGUGUCAUGCGCUCCGCGCUCUCACGCCAGCUUGGCCUCCUGCCGCGCGCCGCAGGCCUUUCGGCGCGCGAGACCCAGCUCCGCGGCACCCACUUCUUCACCUUCGGCGCCGGCGCUGGCGAGGAGAACAAGGCCCGUGUCGCCUACAAGCGCGCCUACGAGCUCGCCACCCGCACGGCCCUCUCCGAGGCAGAGAAGGCCGACGUCAUCGACGCCGCGCGCGCAGACUUCGACCACAUCCAGGCCGUCAUGGCUGAGCUCGCCGUCCGCAACCGCCAAGAGCUGCUCGGCAGCCCGUCCUACCGUCUGCUCACGUUCCUCGGCGAGGAGUGGCGCUACCGCACAAAGAACUCGCCCCAGCUGCUCGCGCUGGCCGCCGUGCUCAGCGCCCUGUUCCUCUACGCCGCCGCCCGCGUCCUCGUCGCCCGUGCAUAG